CAACGCUGGGGAAAGCAAAGGACGAGGAGCACCAUAGAGAUGAGGAGAGCGGAAAGGUGCGCGGUGUGGUGGAAACAAGCUCGGCUGCUCUAGGAAUCCCCGAAGGAGAACUCGACGUCCGUAGCGAAAUCCGGGUCACCGAACUGCAUGGUCUCUUCCUCUCGGUCGGCGCGGGAAACGGGGCGGCGGGGUCUCGCGGAGUAGCCCCUCCCUCAGGAAAAGAGAGGAACAUAGGAAGAUGUCAUAUACAGAGUCAGACGAUUGGCCCAUCUUGCUCAGUAUUGACUGCAUGCUGACUGGCAGUGACUCUGCAGGAUUUCAGGCAGGGGGUCUCCCCCAACUCUAUCUGGAGAUGCCGGGGAUUGAAUUUGGGGCCUUCUGCUUGCAAGUGCAGGUGCUCUGCCACUGAGCUGUGGCCCUUCCAGGGUUGUAUGGAUGAUCCUUCUUCCUAACACCACUUUUUAUCCCUGCAACAUGCAUGCAAGUUAGGAUUGGCUUGAAUGCUAGUUCCUACGGUUCUGCUUGUGGCCUUCCCCUGAGGCAUCUUUGUGGGAACAUAAUGCUGGAUUUGUUCUGAUUCAGCAAGAGGUUUUUCCUUAAUGUUCCAAUGAGAGAAUGUCUAAUCCAAAGUCACCCAGUGAGCUUCUUCACAGCUGAGUGAUGUUUUGAACCUGGAUCCAGCCAACUGUAGUCUUAACACCACUGUAUCAUACUGACAUUUCUAUGACUGAUUCCUCUAUGGGGUGGGUGAGUAAGGGGCUUAGCCAUGCUACAUGUGGCUUUAAAAAAACAACAAUUGAUGAAUAACCACAAACCUCUAAUUGAAACUAAUUUACAGUUAGUUUCAAAGCCCUGCUCCUGCAUUUUUCAUGCCCCUAAAGUAAUGAUGAGUGAAAACGAAUGAAAAACACAGAAAUCAGCACCUGCCAUCAUAUACAGUGUACAGUAUCAGCUUUCCCAAGCCUGGUGACUUCCAGAGGUCUUGGGCUGAAAUGCACAUCAUUCCUGAUCAUGCUGGUUGGGAAUGAUGGGAGUCCAACAGCAUCUGGAGGGCGCCAGGGCUGCUGUACUAAUAGUGAACAUAAAUAUCUGUUAUGUUGGUCCUUACAUAGAUGGAAGAGCACUGCCCAUGCCCUGGAAAGUAGCAGCAGCAUUUCAAGGAUCCCAAAGUUUGCAAAAGUAAACAUACACACACUGGAGUGACCCCAAAACAGCCCUCUGAACACUGAGUAUGCCCAAGUAAUUGGAGGAGGGUAGGAAUGGAAUAGGGCAUACCAGAAAAAUGCAGGAUAAGCAGCCAACCAGUCAUGAAAAAGAGCAUUUCUUGCCCCAACAUUUAGUUGCACUUCCCACUUGUUGCCUGUAUUUGAAGUUUGAGUGAACAGCUGUUCAAGAUGCAGAGUCCAGUGGAGUGCCAUUGAGAAAUCCAUGCCAUUGAUCCUUUCCCGUGAACAUGGUUUUCAGAUGUUUUGCUUGCUCCUUCACACAUUAAAGAAUGAGAAAAAAAAUCCCUUAGGUAACCUUGUUGAGGUGUCUUCCUUGUAUACCCCUAGUAUUCCAGAGUUGGCAUAUUGCAAAUCCCAAAUUAUUCUGCAUUCAGUGAUUCAUAAUCAUUUGCAAAGAGGCAUGUUAAUUUGAACAAAUCUGGCGUGUUUUGUUUAGUUACCUAAAUAAUAUCUCUUAAGACAAACGUGCUUUUAACAGUUACGGUAUGUAAUUACACCAAGAAUAGAAAAUUGCACAUCUAUACAAGUCAGUAUCUAGAUUUUUGUUACCAGACUGUAGAGAAUCACAGUGCCCUACAUACAAACACACUCACGCUCCUUUCAUUCACAGGAGGCACCAAAAUAGACACAGAAUCACAGUUACCUCAUAACAAAGUCUUGUGUGCGUGAAUUCUGCUUACACGCCCAGUUCAGGUUUGGGAGUGCCUUAGCAAAUAUUCUACAAGUAGGUUGAACAAUGGUGUGGUCAUCUGAGGAACUUCUUUCACUACCCAUUUCCUUCCAGCAAAUGAAUCUGGGGUUGGGGGGGGAAGAGAAUAAGUGUGCAUAUCUAUGUGUGUGUUCAUUAGUCCUGUGGAAGAGCUCUCAAAUAGACUUGUCACUGAAAUUUGCCUAAAGCAAAAUCAAAGUGAAUCUGGAGGUUCUUGUUCAGGAGAGUUAGAGGAAUUUUGAAACGAUUAAUUACAUUUUUCAGGUGGGAUUCCAUUUUUUCUUUCUUUUUAAUAACAUUUGAGCAGCAGUCCCACCAGGAGCAAGAUUGCCUUUGCUUAUUUCCUUCAAUGACCUUAUUCAAAGGUUAUUUCUCAGCUAAUAUGGAGAAAAACAAGGUGGUGAAUACUAUAGGUUUUGAAGGCAGGGUUAAAACCAUUGGCACAGGAGUGGAAACAAUUACCAAGAUGUGCCCUAAAAAAAUCUUGAUGGUACUCAAAGAGUCAAUUUUCAUAUCGUAUGUGUGUAUGUUACACACACAUGUCAUGUAUUCCUUGGAAGGAAUAUCUCAGACCUCUUAAAUGUGGUAACAUAUGCGAGAAAGGAAAUAUCAGUUUGAAAUCACAUAUUCAAAGCAUGCACAGUGCACAGACUUGAUCCAAGCAAAAUUGCUAUAAGGAAAUUAAUGCUACAUUAGCAGGCACAUUUUAAUUUCCUUUCAAAGCCCAUGGUACCUCCCUUAAAUUAUUUCCUUAAGAUAAAGAUUUGAGUGAGCUAAAAAGUGCACCGUAUAAGCCCUCUUCUAAGCCUUGCUAUCCUUAUUAAAAAGUGAGGUGGGGUGGGGGGAGAAGCACAUCAUUCUUAUCAUUUUGUCAUUGAUGGAAAUUGACUCAUUUUGUGCAGAUCUAAGCAUACAUUUAUAUUUUUUUAAAUGGUAGUUAAGCAAUUUAUAUUAUUUGUUGCUGUAAUCAGUUACUUUCCAAGAUGAUUUUCAUUUGGAUUGCUUAGGAAUAUAGGAUUGUUUGUUUAUACAGGAAACGGAAUAUUAGUGUUAGGUUUUCAGAGGCAGUAAAUUUCAUAAGAGUUGCAGGUCUGCUGAUACAGACAUGGAAUUCACUGUCAGCAGGAGCUCUCCCAUUAACUUAAAUGGUGAAGAAAGGGAUGGGGGAUUAUAUAGCAUUCUCUAUCACUGAAGUCUCAAUGUGCACAUAACUCAGUGUGCACACUGAGGCCCCCAGAUUGGGGCAAAUAUGUUUAAUUAAUGCUCAUUCCUUCUGCAUUUACCAUUUAGCUUUGUGCAGACAAAUUCCUAUGUGGGGGUUAAUCAGACUUCAGAAUUUAGCGAAAUUACAAGUAGAAGGAACCAGGAACAUCAGGUUACUGUCUUCUACAACAGUGCAAUUUUACCAUUGAUGCUAACUAGAAUACAGCACAGAAUGCUAUUUUUUAAUAUAUAAAAAAUCCUUUGUUCUUGAGCUUGGUGAGAUCUGUGGUUUUUCACAGCAGAAGACUCAGAUUUAAAUUUUGGUGCAGUAGGUUCUGAACUUCUUUGGAAGUUUAUUGAGACAUUUAUCAGUGAUAAUUCAGGGCUUCCUGAGACUAGAAAUGCAGUAGAUAUCUAAAGCUACUUCAGCAUCCUGUUAAUGCAUGUUCAGAAGUCUUCAUAUCGAAUACCAUAAUAAUUCAUUCAAGAACUUAUGUAUAUAACAUGGUGGAAGUCCUUUCAAAUAUCCCUGUUCUAAGUUAUGAUCACUUCACUUCUGUUGUAAAUUAAGAAAAGCACUUUGUACCCCGUAUUUUAAAAAAAUAGUUUACCGUGUGGAUCGAUUUAAAUACUGUAAUGCGGGUUUUAAAAUUCAUAUAUUUUCUGCUGCAAGUUACAGCGUAUUGGAUUGCAACUAAAUAAAGCUUGUGUACUAACCUUGCAACAUAAUAUAAAAUAAUUGGUAAUGCAGACCCACGUGCCAUUUGCACCACACAAUUAUAUCUGCCUUGGGCUGUGAAUUUAAUGUACAUAUGUAAGCACACUGAGCAAAAUCAUGUACUUGGAGACAAGGCCACAAUCCAUUGUAGAGUUGGCUCAGCAGAGCUUGUAGCUCAGCAUCUAGAACUUUCAGAGGCCAGGCUUCCAGUUAGUGGGCAAAACAGUGUUUUUCUAUGAGAUAAAAAGUAAAUGUCCUUGCUAUUUGGUUGAUAGUCAUAAAUAUUUAUGAUUGUAGGAAAGUAUGAACACAGUGCAUGAUUUAUUGUACGUACAGUAUCAUGUUCUUAAUGCUCAACUAUUGAAGUCAAAACAUUUUCCCUAUUUUUUUCUUUUAUGUAAAAAACAAACAGGAUUUAGUGGAGUAUGUUUGAAAACAGGUCUGACCUGAGAUUUGAAAAAGAAUCUAGUUAUGAAUGUUUGUAUUCAACACAAUUUAAUAAAUAUUAUGUAAUGUAACUAUUUUUUUUAUCCACCCCAAUAAUCUCUUAUUGAUUACAAACUAAGCAGGAAGCGGAAAACUGCUCCAUCUUACUGCCAAGACAGUGAAAUGGAAAUUAUGAGAAUACUGAGAAAAAUGUGAAAUAAAUUAAACAUAGCACUUCAUUGGCAUGUUUAGGAAUUUAAAAAACAAAACAACCAACCGUUGUCAGUAUUAUACUGUCAUAACACACUAAUUACAUUUGGCAAUAAGAAGAAAGCAGUUAUCUGAAAAGUGAAUUCCAACCACCCUUAAGAGACUCAUUCCAAAACACAAGAUGAAAAUUUGGUCUCACAGAUACGUUAUUAAACCUCCUUAAAGCAAAACAAAUACAAUCAUUUGAUACAGCUGAGCCAAAAGCAGUGCCAUUUAGUCUGGACUAUGUGAUUUUAAAUGCCCACGUAGAACCUAGUUUCAGUGGUGGAUGCUUUAAACCAGGCAUCCCCAAACUGUGGCCCUCCAGAUGUUUUGGCCUACAACUCCCAUGAUCCCUAGCUAACAGGACCAGUGGUCAGGGAUUAUGGGAAUUGUAGUCCAAAACAUCUGGAGGGCCGAAGUUUGGGGAUGCCUGCUUUAAACAAUGGUCAGGUCAGCCUUGCCUUUGUUCUGAAAUGAGAACUACAGCAGAUCAGUGCUGUGAAGAUCUAUGGGAAUAAGAAGUGCAACUUUCUUUAGCUUUAGCCCAGGUGCCCGGUGUGUUCUUUCCUCCUUCUGUGUCUGCUGCUCUGUGUCCUGCCACUACUGACUCCACCUUCUUGUUAGCAGCCGUCCGGCAAAUGGAGAGCUGCACUUACAGGAGGGCUGAAUGUGUCUUAAAAGUACAUGGAAAGCAGUGGUUUAGUCUGUGUGUUUGUGUAUCAUGGUACAAAGACUAAAACUCUGGGAGAAAAAUGUACUUAAAAUGGACUUUAAAAGAAAACCAACAGGAGGUUUCAGUGACCCAAGAAUGUCAAAUGGUUACUUGUAUCACCCCCCCCCCAUAAAUUACAAUGAUAUAUACAGUGGAACCUCAGUUUAUGAUUGUCUCGAAAGCUGGAACAUUUCGGCUUUCAAACCCCAAAAACCCAGAAGUAACUGCUCCGGUUUUCAAACAAUUUUCGGAAGCCGAACGUGCCAUGUGGCUUCCAUUUUGAGUUUACAUAUGUUAUUGAGACUUCUGUAUUGAGUUUUCAAACAUUUUGGAAGUCAAACGAUCUUCUGGAAUGGAUUACAUUCAGAAUUCGAGGUUCCACUAUAUGUAUAUGUGUGUGUGUGUGUGUACAGGAAAGGGUUUUCCAUUUCUGUUUAGAUCAACUAUAUGUGCAUCUUUCUAUUAGUAAUGUAAUACCCUUAUUAGGACUGAGCCACCUUUGAAGUUUCCCAGAAUGGUGCACCCAGCUAGAUGUUAAAAGAGAAGACUGGGUUGAAGAGAUGAAGAUUAUUGGUAAAGGGCAAAACAGACACCCAACUGUCUUAGUUAUCUAUUUCAAAAAAAUUAUUUGCCUUAAGUGAGUUUGUGCCCAGUAGAGAGGACCUGAGUUAAUAUACCAAAGCUACUAGUUCCUCUUGGGGCAACAGGAUGGAGUGGGGUAAGGCGGGAAAGGACAUUUAGCCAGAAUAAAAGUUAUGUAAAAUUCAAGAGACUACUUGAGUUGUUGGUCUUACAGGUAUCAAUGCAGCUGCCAUUCUUCAGUGUUUCCAAUUGAUCAGAAGGUCAGCGGUUCGAAUCCCUGUGACGGGGUGAGCUCCCGUUGCUCGGUCCCAGCUCCUGCCAACCUAGCAGUUCGAAAGCACGUCAAAAUGCAAGUAGAUAAAUAGGAACCGCUACAGCGGGAAGGUAAACGGCGUUUCCAUGUGCUGCUCUGGUUUGCCAGAAGCGGCUUUGUCAUGCUGGCCACAUGACCUGGAAGCUAUACGCCGGCUCCCUCGGCCAAUAAUGCGAGAUGAGCGCGCAACCCCAGAGUCGGUCACGACUGGACCUAAUGGUCAGGGGUCCCUUUACCUUUAAUCUUGAAUUACACACUCCCUAGUUGGGCAAAAUCAUAGUAACAGUAGUAGCAGCGAUAAUAGCUGCUCUUCAGCUGUAAGUAAAAUGAAAUGUGUUACACAUCCAGUAUUUUUGCCAAACUACCAUUUCCGGCUUAAGCAUUAUUGUGGACAUAGCCAUCAAUGAUGUCUAGCAUAGUAAGAUGCAUCUUGCAUGGUACAGAAAGUUUAUUAUCUCCAGGCAACAUAAUGGAUUUUAAUGAAAAAUUAAAAGGGGUAUUAUCAGUCCAGUUCUCUGUAUCAAGGUAGUUAAAAUUCCCAAACCUAGAUAUUUCCCUUCUAUUUCCCAUAGUUAUUUAUCCUUUUUACAAUAUCCAGUAAAGAACUGUAAAUUAAAUGACUAAAAUUCUAAGUAAAAGAUUAUGUGACUUAAGAAAAUGAAUAUAGUCAUGAAAAUCAUGUGAUUUCUCCUAGUCUUUUCCUCAAAUUUUGAAGUCCUCUUUUCUACUUGUAAAAUGGAGAUAAUUCUUCAAUGCCUCACAGGAAUACCAUGAAAAUAAUCAGUUAACAUUUUCAGGGAUUCAAACAUAGAAAGUUAUAUAAACGUUAAGUAUUAUUAGCUAUGCAGAAUGGUUAGAGAACCUAAGUCUAUAUUAUUCUUUCAAACGAUAGUAGGCACUUAAUUGAAGAGUAUAGAAAUUUAAAAUGUAAUAUGAAAUUAAUCUUUUCUAAGGUUAUUUAAGCUAAUGGCAUAGUAAUGGCAAACUAAUUUUACAGUGAUUAAGAGAUAAUAUACUCAGGGCUUCUAGUCAGGCUUUUGUUGAGGUAACAUACCUAUCUUUGAUGAGACUGAAGAUAGAAAAAUACAUUGUACAGUAUGUGUCUCUAAGGAGAUUCUCUAUUGUGGUUUGGGUUGAAAACCCGUAGAGUGGAGGCAGCCUACAGACAGCCAAUGUGGGCCCUUUUAAACAAAGACCGAUGAGUUUGUCUUGCACACUGUAGCUUUGAUAGAAGUCUUCUUACUUGGCAGCUGAAUUCUCAUGCAACUGUAUUCCUCAGUACUCCUCAGGCUCCUUGGCAUGGACUCAAUACAAAUGAUUUUGAGAGUCUUUUACUAGCACACACGGUAGGAAUUACUCUUAAGAAAUUAUCAUGUUUAUAAAUAGUAUAUCUUUAUUACAUUGACAUCUCUCUUCCAUGAUGGAACUUGCAGCACACUGGGUUCCCAGGUAGUCUGUCCAGACGCUGACCAGAUUUCAACCUGCUUCUUCAGCACAGGUGUUGCAUUGUAUACCUUCAGGCCAUGUUUAAGGCCUGCCUCCACCAACCUGGCAGGCUGCAGAUGUUGUAGGACUAUAACUUGCAUCUGCUGCAGCCAGCACAUUGUGAGAUUUGUAGUCCAACAACAUAUGGGGAGCACUAGGUUGGUAAAGGGUCUUAUAGCCAGAAACUGGGUCUUGGAUGAAAACCAUUGCUUAUUUUUCUGGUGGUACCCAAUGAUCCUCAAUACCGGCACUUACUUUUUCCUGGAGAUGCUCGGCUGCAUGAGGAGACAUGGCAUGGGCAUUGCCAUUCCAGGGCCCAGCUCCGCUGCCCCCCCCGGAGGCUGUUCUUGGGCCCUAUAACUGCUGCUGCUUCCUGUCAGUAGCUGCGUGGCUGGCCAGAGCGCACGAGUCCCGCUCCCUGUGGAGCGCAAGAGCAGGCAGCACAGUGUGUGAUGUGCUUUCCCUGCCAUGCAGUGCGCUCUGCUGCUGGCCUUGUUCACGAUGGUCGUGGCAGGGUGGGCGCAGGAGCCGCCAGAAAGUCACCGGAGCCAGUGCGGCAAGAGUCCCAGGUAAUAUGAGGACGGGAGGGAGGGAGGGAGGCCAUCUGGCUUUAAGGGACCCUAAGGGUCAUCUAGUCUAAUUCCCUGCAGUGUGGCUGGGGAAGUGGGUGCCAUGGCCAGCGCCAAAACAAGCCCUCCUUGUGGGACCCCUCCAUUGUCUUUGCCAGUUCUGUUUCUGGAAUUCCUCUAACGCCAGCCUCUCUUUCUUUUUCAGACUUACGCUCAGUAUAGCCGCUUUGCAGAAGGCACGAUGAGGCAGUUGUACAUGUGAUCCAAGUUAAAUCGGUGCAAUCAUUUUUCAUGAUGAGUUCCUUAAGUAGUUACUUUAUGCCACCGAGUCAAAAAAGGAAGGCUGAAGAAGAAGCAGAAAUUGUGGAAUCAACUUCUGAUCCUUUCAAACAUCGCAAAACUAACACCGAGGAUACAUGCGGUCAAGAGGAUGGAAGUUCAGGCAAAGAUUGGCCCGAAUGUUGGACACUAUUGCAGAAAAAUGACUUCUGUCAGAGAAAUGAGUGGCUCUUUGUCAACAAUAAAAGGUUGGGCUGCAAAGUGUGCCGAGAUAUCGGAAGUCUUCCUGUCGAAAAGCGGAUGGGAAUGAAAAUUUCAGUAGAGUGGGCAAAUUGUAAAAUUAGUCAUUUUGGAGAGUCUCGCAAACAACAGUUAAUGUCUUUAAGAAAAAAGAUUUUUGAACACAAGGAAAGUGGAGCUCACAAAGCAGCAGAAAGGAUAAAAUCUGAAUCUAAAAAUGAAAAGUUAGAUAAAGUUGUCUUAAACACAACAAAAGUGUUUCGAACCGCUUACAAAGUUGCAAAAAAGAAUCAAGCAUUUAACAACUUUGAAGAUGAAAUAAAUUUACAGGAACUUAAUGGCCUAGACAUGGGAUAUACCUUUCACUCUACAAAUGCCUGCAUUAAUAUUUUAAACCAUAUUGCAGAUGAAAUGAGAAAAACAUUAAUAAGCAACAUAGUGAACUCUAAGAACAAAAUGUCCUUAAUUAUUGAUGAAUCGACAACAGUGAAUAACAGAAUAACUUUGAUUGUUAUUAUUCGCGUAGUUCUUCCCAAACAUUCGGCUCCAGUUAGUCUUUUCCUAGAUUUGAUUGAGUUACAAGAUACAACAGCAAGAGGAAUUUUAAGCUCAUUAAUCAGUCAUCUUGAGUGCCUAGGAAUCUCAGAAGAUUAUUUAAAGGAGUAUUUAUUGUCUGUCACUUGUGAUGGUGCUGCAGUGUUGUUUGGCGCACGUGGUGGUGUAAAAAGGUUAAUAAAAGAAAAAUUUCCGAGUGUUAUCUUCUGGCGUUGUGCUAACCAUCGUCUGGAAUUGUCUGUCAGUGAUACUGUGAACAAAGUGGUUGGAGUUAAUCACUUUAAGAAUUUUAUGGACAAACUCUAUGUGACUUACCACGCUUCACCCGAGAAUGCUAGGGAAUUGGAGGAAUGUGCAGCAACUCUAGAACUUCAGCUUCUGAAAAUUGGAAGGAUUUUAAGCACUCGCUGGGUUGCUUCUAGCUUUUGCACAGUUUUUGCAGUUUGGCAAGAUUAUGAAGCACUGGUUUAUCACUUUCAGGAGGCAAAAGAAGACAGGAGAAGAAGCAAAACAGAUCGCUGUCUUUAUGAGGGUCUUUUAAGGACAAUAACAUCAUGUGAAUUUGUUCUCGAUUUGGGUCUUAUGUGUGACGCUCUCCAAGUUCUCAGUGAACUAAGUUUGGAUUUACAAGAGCGAAAUAUUGAUUUGUUUACAGCAGACAGGAAGAUAAAGAACACAGUUCAACUUUUUGAAGAACGAACUGAAAAUCCUGGUCCAUACUAUAGUGUUGCUCUUCAAAGUCAGAAGACUAUGAAGUUCAAAGGGAGUGAGCUCCACAAAAAUGAAAAACUUACCCCUACAAUAAGUUCAUCUGCUUUCUAUGAAAGUCUGAAAGAAACUGUUAGAAAGUGUAUACUUGAAGGAGAUGAUGCUGAUUUGCCUGAAUGUGCCAAGGUUUUAGAUUCCAAAUAUUGGCCAGAAAAUCCUGGAAAGCAAUUAACCUUUGGUGAAACUGAAAUUAGAAAGCUAGCACAAAAGUUUUGCUUAAAUGAAAAGGAAACAAUUUGUGGCUUUCAUGAAUAUCUUGAAGAAAAUGAAGUCCCAGACAAAUUACUUCCUCUAAUGCAUGCUUUAAGCACAAUUGCAAUAUCUUCGACGGAAUGUGAAAGAGGACUAUCUCAGAUGAAUCUCACAGUAACUUCAUCAAGAUCAUCUCUGGUUAUUCGGACAGUUUCUUCUCUGAUGUUCAUCAGGAUGGUAGGACCUCCUCUUACUCAGUUCAAUCCUACCAAAUAUGUUGAAUCAUGGCUGCUACAAGGACAUCCUAACACAGUUGAUACAAAAAGCAGGAAGCGAUCUAGAGAAGACGAGGGUACAUCGGAGGAUGUAUCAAAAGUGUGGCACUUACUCUAACAACUUCAUGAAAGCCACGUGUUGACAAUGGCAUCUGGCGAUGACAGUGGCAAGAAAGUGACUCCUGUGCUCAGAAUAAGUCAGCUUGAUGCCCUCGAACUGAACAAAGCAUUGGAACAGCUGGUUUGGUCCCAGUUUACUC